AUGAAGGCAAAUAACAUGAAGUCUCUCAUUUUCGUUAAAGUCGCCACCAUCAUCCUUCUAGGGUGCACAAAUCAGACUUGCAACGAUUCGGACACACAUGGAAGAUCAUUGGUUAAAAAUUCGAGUGCCAAUGGCGAAUUUGAUUUAAGAGCUCAACGAUUAUUAGGAGCAAGUGGAUCGUGGCAAGGUUCCCAUUUGGUAGAAUCAUUUUAUGAUGAUGGUGAGUUGUUCGAUUAUGAUUCUGAUCACAGGUCAAGACGUGAUGUAAGAGAUAGGUACCAUGGGCACCACCGUAGUCAUCGACUGAAACAUGGACACAGUAGUAGACAUCACACAUCGAGAAGGACAAGAGAAGGAAAGAAUAAUGAGGAGGAUGAAGUACUUAGCUUGUCACAAUUUUAUGUAGAUGAUGAUGAUGAUGAAGAGGAGGAGGAGGAGGAUGACAAGUACGAUAGUGCAGCUAGUUCAUCAGGAUAUAAAUCCAAUGAUUAUGAUGAUGUAAUUGAUCUUACUAAUGCAUGGAUACCUAAUUCGAAAUACAGAGUGUCAUCAAUGGAUGUCGGAUUGCAUGCACCAUAUGGAGAUGAUCUUAUUAUUAGAAGAGGACAAGGAUCUGGUGGUAUGCAUAGAAGAGCUGAUGGUUAUUGUGAAAAUAAAAUGUUUGAUGGCUUGAGUGCUAUGGACACAUAUAAGGGGUAUUAUGGGAAAGAAAAAAGAAUUAUGAAACGCCGUUCUUCUGGGAAAACUACAAAGGUAAUUGGUUUUCUUGGUGCAGUUGCACUAUCUCAUCAUUUAAUAUCGUUUUUUUUAGCGACGAGUACUAUUGUUACUUUGCCAUUGGCAGCUUCCGCUUGUUUACUGGGGGGACUUUUCUACAAAAAAAAUAAAGGAAAAAAUAAAUAUAAGAGAGCUCACGCAAAAAUGCUAACUUACUAA